AUGAAACUUAUAGUUUGCAAUGAACUUCAAAGUAUAGAUACAACAAAAGUUUUGAACUCAGAUGCUUUGAAGAGUCUUAUAACAGACAAAGUUGGAGUUGUUGAAAGAAAGUAUAAAGACCAAAGAGUUUGUGAAAAUGUUGCAAACUUCAUUAUGGUUUCAAACAAUGCUGUUCCGAUGAAGUUAGAAAGUUCUGACAGAAGAUAUGUAGUUGUCAGAACGUCAGAUUCUCAUAUGCAAGAUACAGAAUAUUUUGACGACUUAGCAGAAACUUUGACAUCUGACUUUUACAACCACUUGUUCUCAUAUUUCAUGACAUUAGAUAUUUCUAAGUUCAAUCCAAGACAAAUUCCACAUACCGAAGAGAGACAAACAUUGUUAGAAGCAAACAAGAGUGUAUAUGAACUGUUCAUAGAUGAAACUGACUUUGAGUGUUUAGAUGAAAGGUCAUUGUACGAUUCGUAUAAACAAUAUUGUCAAGAAUAUGGUUAUAUGACAGCGUCUAAACGAACAUUCUUGGCAAAUGUCAAAAGUCUUUUAGACGUACAGAAUGGUGUAUAUACAAAGAAAAAUUUUUAUGAGUAA